UGCUGCACCAUGGUCACGUUCGCUGUCUCUCCGGUCGCCCGCAAAACUUUUGGAGGUCGUGUUUCGCCCGAAACGCCGGUCCGUGCGAUGGCCGAGCUCGGCGCCGAUGACGUCGUGCAUGCUUCGCCAACGAUCUUACCGAGUUGUGCUGCCCCGAACGGGUUUGUGCACGGGGUCAUGCUCGCAUACAACGGGCACCACGACUUGAUCAUUCGCCCGGAUGACAUUUGGGCUGCGAUUAUGAUCCAGUUCGGGCGCUACGUCAACGGUGCCCCGGAUGAUGUGAAAUCGACGAUCAUCCAUUCGGGCUCGAGCACCGACCUCGUCCUCACGAUCCCGGGCGACAACGUUGCCAACUACGAUGAAAUCGCAGCCAACUUGGUGCAGCGCAUGCAGUCAAUUCUUGUCGACCCAGCUUCACUCGAAUGGAUGCUUCCCAGUUUCACGACAACGACACCGCACGACACGAUCAUCGGAAGCAUUGCCAUGCUCGCAUCGAUGAACGAGCCCGUGUGCUCCAUGCCCACGAUGCAGUGUGGCAUCCCACAUGUGACGCUGCUUGGCUCGGUUGCCGAUUGGAUGGACAUUCGAGCCCGUGUUGAGCGCUUUGCGGCACUCGGACUGCCCGGAUGGGCCAAGAUGUUGCACUCGACCCUCGACAAGUUCGUGGCAGCUACCGAGGGCUGUGUGGACGAGGCCUUCUGGCAGCACAUGGUGCUUGAUGGCGACGCCUCGGAUGCGCGCUACGUCAGCGGCUGGAUUUGCGUUUUCUGCGUCUUUGCCAACGACGGCGCGUGGCAAUGUGCGAAGGGCUGGACGAGCAUCGAGACGACGCCUGAAGAUGAGGACCAGUACCCGACGCUGCGCCUGGACCAAGUGCCCGCGGGGUACGUCGUUGUUGACGUCAAGCUUGAAGACGAGUCGAGCUGUUACGACACGGUUCUUCUCGCGGGUCACAUGGCAUACGGCGUCCAAGACGGAGCGACGAUCGUGCCUCAGCUUGGGUGGGCUAUCGUCUUCCAGAAUGCUCUCAACGAGACUGAUGCUGCACUCAUCACCGAAACCCCCGACGCACAGCGCUCACAGACAGAGGUGCUCGAUGAAAUGACUCCAACCUCGGAAUGCGACGAGAGUGAUGACGGCGAUGCCCCUUGCAGCCAAGUGGCGGCGACGAUCACGUCGAGUCACGACGCGCACCUCGAAUUGCCGCAGCCUUCCUUGCCGCUCUCCUCGUGGGCGGUUGUCCUUGUGCAGGUGCUGGUUGUCGUCGUUGCGAUCAGCAUCACUGCCGGUGUGCGUUGGAGCCACGCCAAUUGAUCGUCGUCUCUGCAUUUCAAUACAUGUCGCCUCCUCUACCCUUUGCUUCUUGUAGUGUCUCGAAUAUUCUGCAACUCUAAUGGAUUGGGCAUUUAUCUCUA